AUGGACAACCAAGGUGAUGCUGAUACUCAGUAUGUACCAGGUGACCGAUAUCCUCUCGAGUUGGCAGCAACGGAAGACUCCCAGUUGGUGUCUACUCGCAACAAUGAGUUGCCGCGGCGCAUUUUAGUUGUGUGUCCUUACCGUUAUACUUACCGAGCUCCCGUGAAGGGAAGGUGGGUGGGCUUACCGUUGCUCACGGUGUUUGUCAAGGAAUUUGCGUACAUUCCCGAAGCGUCGUCUGCUUGUUUGGCGGCAACUUUUAAUGCUCCACAAGCUUGCCUCGACCCGCGUGUAACUAUUCCCGCGUACGUCAAUGAACUUGUGAACGGUGCGCUCAGGCUUCACGGACGGGAAGCAGAAUGCCGCGCAGCGGGGCGUGCCUACACCGAGGAACUGAGCCGUAUUUUGCAUUCCACAACGUUAGCGCUGGCGACACGGGAGAGCUUUCCUGCGAGCGUGGGACAUGAAGGAGCGCUCUGUGUCCGCGAAACCCAGCGAGUGCAAGAUGGUGAGAGGGGCGAGGCACUGGGGGAAGGAUCUGAAGUGGACUUGAUCUCCUUGUUAAACACAUUUCCACCUCGUCUUGUGCUUCGUCAGCGGGAUGUUAUCCUGCACGAUGUGCAGAGGCAUGAGGCUCCCAUGCCGUUUGGCGAGCCGCUUCUUAUCCUGCGCUACGAUCACACCACUCAUGGGGCGUCAGGGCAUCGUUUAUUGGUACUGAAAAAGCCCUGUGGCAUACCGGUUCACCCUUCCGGUCGUUGUCGCAAGAACACCGUCACUUCCAUUCUUGAAGACGUGUUCGGUGGUGUAGACGCCCACCGCUAUCAUGCUGUUCCGCACGACGGAGAUGAUGGUGGGUCAACCCUAGAACCUGGAGUACAAAGUAUUGCGAUACGACAUAAGUUGCAUGAUUUUGAGCUCAUUCGUGUAUGGGUGGGCGAGGGUUACGUAAGUUGCUCGGCAUGGGAGGAGCUGCAAGCCAUGAUACAGCAGGAAACCAGCCCCGUUGGUGGUGGGAAUGCCAAACUUAAGGUAUACGUUGUUCAUCGACUUGAUAGUGGUACAAGUGGUGUACUGUUAUUUGGACUUGACUCCACGAGUGCGCGAAUGACGGCGGAGUUAUUGUCGCAGAAGGAUGAUAAAGACGUAGCUGAGAUCUCUUCUUCUGAGGGUGUAGCAGCAAAUUCGACCGCUCCGACGAAAGAGCUAGGGUGUACAAAACAAUAUCUUGCUAGGGUUCACGGUCGCUUUGAUGCUGCGAAGAUUGCCGAAGAUCAGCACAACUGUUCCCUUGUUUCUUACACACAUUCCUCACAACGAAGUGCUUGCAAUAGCGGCUCCGUUGGCUGGCUGUGCAUCGAUAGACCCAUUGGAUGUUACUCUUACCACGACAGUUUGUACUGGUGCCCUGGUGCACCCCAAAUCAACUCGUGGUUGGAAGAGCGUGAAAAGAACGGAAUGGUGGAAUCUUCGGAGCGAAACCACAAAGAGAGUGAAGAGACGUCAGAACGUCCAUCUCCAAUCAGGGGUAAGCGACCCAAAUACAAAAACACCGAUGAGCUGGAGGCCAAGCACACACGAAUGAAAAAGUUAACAAUCGGUCUACGCGGUGCGCAUCUAACUGGCGAAGAAACAGACUAUGAUGAAGGAAAUAUUGAAUGCCAAACCUCAACAGGGGAACGACAGCUACGUGAAACAUUGAAACGAGCUACAACCCUUGUUAGACGUUGGUCAUAUGAUGAGGACCUCGACGAAUCGGUGGUGGAGUGUGUUCUGUUGACUGGACGCACCCAUCAAGUGCGUGUCCACUUGGCGUCUGUUGGACAUCCUAUAGUCGACGACCACAAGUAUAUUCACCACCUUUCAAGGAAUACACCAUUUACGGGGAAUUACCGGAAGGAAGUAAAAUCCCGGUCGCCGCCCUAUCCUUCAACGAUCCCACACGUAGCAAGCAACUGUUCAUCGGUAACCACUCAGGGAAUAUUUCUCCAUGCCUGGCGAUACACAUUGCAAUAUAAAAACAGCGAAACACCUGAAACAUUAGAAGCCCCGCUUCCUGCAUGGGCAAAGAAUGCAGACCUCCGAUCGGAUGGAAACCACUGA